AUGACUCCUUUAGAGGUACCUACCUCGGUUGCACCCGCUGUACCCACUCCUACCGUAUUUACGGUACCACCAAGGGUACUACCGGCAUACCCCGCACCUGCUCCGGUCGAGCCUACGGUGUACCAGACACCACCGCCACCUGGACCUACCGUGUACCCGGCACCAGCGGCACCUAUGCCCUCAGUACCUACAGUGUACCCAGCAUUCGCACCAGCGGUACCGGUUGCUCCAUUUCCAGUACCACCACCUAUCGUACCUCCAGUCAUGGCCACUCAUAUCGACCCUACAAUACCACCAGCGGUAUAUGCCCCAGUUUAUGCAGCAACACCGAGAGUACCUCCCCCGGUCUAUUCAGCGGUACCACCUAUAGCACCAGCUCCAGGGAUUCAGCCAGUUCCUGCGUCGAUCCCUACCCACCUCACAGAUAUUGUCACAGCACGAACCCGGAUCCCAACAUUGGCAGAGUCGAUGAAGAAACUAGUUGCUGAGGACAGUUUCCGUAUGCAGCAGUUUAUUCAGGAACUGGAUGGGCAUCUACAAGUAAAGCUUGCCGGUUUUGGGAACUCGUCUUACAUAGAGACACUGGACAGAGCUCUGAUGAUAGAGUCAGCUCACCAGAGAGCGUAUCUGGACAAGAAAAAGAAGCAGACUAAUCGAACAUUAGGAAAGAUCCAACCGACACAGGCUGCACAACAGCAGAGUGGUCGUAGUCGGCCAGAGACCACAUCACCUCAGCCUGCUCUCCGGGGCAAUCAGUUUGCUAUUAUUGCAAACUGCCUGGGCACCAGAAUCGAGAUUGUCCGCUGA